AUGAAAGCCGUGCGCGUGGUCGGGUACCACCAACCGCUCGAGCUGAGCUCGGACGUGCCAGAGCCACAAAUCACGUCGCCGCUGGACGUGAUUGUGAAGAUCGGGGCCGCGGGGGUGUGUCGCACGGACAUCCACAUCCUCGAGGGCCAAUGGGAGGCCAAGUCCGGGGUCAAGUUGCCGUACACUAUCGGGCACGAGAACGCGGGCUGGGUGCACAGCCUUGGGGAGGCCGUGACGGGGCUGGAGGUCGGCGACAAGGUCAUCCUGCACCCGCUGGCGACGUGCGGGCUGUGCCGGGCGUGCCGCUCGGGCGACGACGUGCACUGCGACGCCUCGAAAUUCCCGGGCAUCGACACCGACGGCGGCUACGCCGAGCUCCUCAAGACCACGGCCCGCAGCGUCAUCAAGCUGGACCCAAAACUCGAGCCGGCCGACGUGGCCGCCCUCGCGGACGCCGGGCUCACCGCGUACCACGCCUGCGCGAAGGCCGCGCGGGCGCUCAGGCCCGGCAACGUCGUCGUCCUCAUCGGCGCGGGCGGCCUGGGCCACAUUGGGAUUCAGGUCAUGAAGGCCAUUAGCGCCGCCACGAUGGUGGUGGUCGACAGAAACGCGGACGCGUUGGCGCUGGCGAAAAAAUUGGGUGCCGACCAUGUCGUGCAGGCGGGGGAUAAGGGCGACGACGGUCUCGUCAAAGAGGUGCUCUCGCUGACGGGUGGGAAAGGCGCAGAAGCAGUCAUCGACUUCGUCGCCGAGGGUGGUUCAACCGCAACUGGUGUUCGCAUGCUCCGUCGAGCAGGGAACUACUACAUUGUCGGAUACGGAGAGAACAUCAACGUCCCCACCAUCGACAUCAUAUCGACCGAGAUCAACUUCAUCGGCAACUUGGUCGGGUCGUACUGUGACCUGGCCGAGCUGAUGGUGUUGGCUGCGCAGGGGAAAGUGGUCCUGCACACGUCCAUCUACAAGCUGGAGGACUUCCAGAAGGCCAUUGACGAUCUGUCCGCGGGCAAGGUGAGGGGACGAGCUAUUCUUGUGCCCUGA